AUGCCUGGAGCCGAAGACCAGCAGGCAAAUCGUCCUCACUCUCCUAAGUCUACCAGCAGCAAUGAAUCCAAACCCUCCUGCUCGCAGUGCAUAGACAGAGGCGUCGAGUGCGGUGGGUACGUCAGAAGCCUCAAGUGGAAGGUGGUGGGAGAACAGCCGCAGAAACGUAGCCGGCUCGAAGAUCGCGUCAUUGACUACUUCGCAGAAAGGCAACAUCAGAGCUCAGAGACGAUUUCCAUUGAACAAAUUCCCGGACCAACCUACGAGAAUGUUAACCUGGAUGACCACAAUACGGCACCAUCUCUACAGGCUGAAACGAGUUUGUCAAAGGGAAUCGCAAGGACCAACAACAUCCUAUCGCCUCGGACUCAGGAAGAGCAUCUAUGGCAGUCAUUGCCACAGGAUCAUCUGUUCGACUUUGCGGAUGUUGAUUUCAACGUCGACUUCUUCCUGGGCGAUAGCAAUAUCCAUCUCAAUGUGCCUCCCGAGUUGGGUUCUCCCGUCGAUACUCAAUCAACCCAUGGACUGGAAGGCAUCGAAGCCCAUGCAAUCCAUCUACGAAAAGAGAAAGCGCCCGACUUAUCCGGCUUGAUUUCGUCACCUCAAGACACAGCACAGGACUUUCGGGAGCUGAAAAAUCAUGACCGCAGCCUAGAGCCAUUCUCUAGCCAUCUGCACACUGCAUCUGCUUGUUCCCCCCCGGGAAUUAGCCGGCGACAUCAUAACUCUGAAGAUGAUGCUAUUCGGAGCGACCUGUAUUCAUCGCUCCCGGACACUCCCAAGACUGUCAAGCAACUUUUCGAUAAGCACCUCUGUCAUGUUCUCUCCAUUAAGGACGAUCGAACUACUAAUCCGUGGACUAUCCACGUGUGGCCGUUGGCUGAGAGGUGUCCAGUGCUUUACCAUGCUCUUGCAGCAAUGACAUACUUGUACCUGAGUAAUUCACACCCGGAGUUCGGCGUGUCUGGCUCCAGCCACUUUCACGCCAGCCUGCAGGCUUUCACACAAGACCAAUCUGAUACGACUCUUGAAGCCUCUCUAGCCGCGAGAUUAGCCCUUGGCUUUGCAGAAGCAUGGGACAACCAAUCACUAUCCUCUGGUGUCGACCAUGUUAGAAUUGCUGGAAGGAUCCUUCAAGAAGCCUUCGACAAGGACAGGAUUACGAGACUGACCAGUGACGAGCAAGAUCGUUUGAGUUUCCUGGCACGCACUUGGGUGUAUAAGGCCGUUUUGCUUCGCCUGACGACCUCGGACGAUGGCGAGUCUAUUGACCUGGAUUCCGUGACAGCCUAUAUUCAGCUGGAGCGCUUGCCUGCCGAACAGCAGCUUGAUCCACUCCUCGGUUGUGCAGUCACGCUGUUCCCAUUGAUUGCCGGUUUGACCGAUAUCAUCAGAGCUGUUCGACGGAGAACUGAAAAACGCAACUCCCCGUCCAUUAUUUCUAGAGCCGCAGAACUAUGGACAGCAAUCGAGAGCUGGAGUCCUUCUUUUGACCCACAGCGGUCAGGCAGUGUACCAUCUCACAUUUCUGAUAUCAUACAGACAGCUGAGGCAUAUCGCUGGGCAGCGUUAUUGCUGCUUCGGCAUGCGGUACCGGAGCUCCCAUGGGCUCAUUCGUUUUGGGAACUUGCAGAAAAAGUGUUAAUCUACCUCGCAACUACACCUGCUUCAUCUCGAACAAUUGUCAUACAGACAUUCCCUCUCAUGGCGAUUGGUGGCGAGGCCUUUGAUGAAGACGAUCGCGACUGGGUAUGUCAGAGGUGGGAUGCCAUGGCCAAGCGCAUGCCGCUUCCGAGUCUGCACAGGUGCCAGAACGUCACAAAGGAAGUCUGGCGGAGGAAAGAUGCAUUCGAAGCACAGCUUGGAGCAUGCCCUAGCUGCGGUGCUUCUCGUGGGAGGUCGACAGGAAUCAGCCCGUCCAUGGAUACCCUGCCGGACGCUGAGUCCGUUGCAUCUUCUCAGGACCGCGAGGAAGGAAGCCGUCGAUGUCGAUGCAAUGCGGUAACAAGUGCCCCUAUGCCGGCGUCCAACUUCCCAGACUCGUUGGCUUUCAAGAAAGGGAUCGACAACAUCACGAGGGCAGGCCAUCUACAUUACACAGUCAGAGGGGAGCUGCACUGGUUAAAAGUUAUGGAAGACUGGAAAUGGCAAGUGCCACUUGGAUGA